GCGUACACUCUCUUCCAGCAAAAACUCACUUCAUCAUCUUUCUCUUUCCCUCUCCAAUUCUCUCUUCAUUUUGUAUCCAUACAUUCCAUAAUACCUUCACCUACUACACUCCGUCGCCAUUACUCAACAUGUCCACCAAGAACGCCGCUAAAUCUCAAGACCUCGUCGCAGAAAAAUCAAGAACAUCCUCAAAAAGACCACGAAAUAACAGCAAUAACGACGACAAUAACGGCGGUUUACAUCCAGUUUAUAGAGGCGUUAGAAUGAGAAGCUGGGGCAAAUUUGUAUCAGAAAUCCGACAACCGCGAAAGAAGUCGCGAAUAUGGCUCGGAACAUUCCCCACAGCUGAAAUGGCGGCGCGUGCUCAUGACGUUGCAGCUAUGAGCAUCAAAGGUGAUUCAGCUAUACUAAAUUUUCCGCAACUUAUCGACUCACUUCCUCGUCCGGUUUCGUUAAUCCCCCGCGACAUUCAAGCUGCCGCUGCUAAAGCUGCUGCAAUGGUCGAGUUUGACUCGUCGCAGUCGUCUUCGUUGUCGUCGUCUUUGAUAUCUCCUUCAACUCCGUCGUCAUCGUCAGAAUCAUCCGAUGAUGUGGCAGAAUCGGAGGAAUUAAGUGAAAUUGUGGAGUUGCCGAAUAUAGAAGGGAAUUUUGAGUUGGUAAAACCGAGUUAUAGUGAGUUUAUAUUAAUGGAUUCCAUUGAUGGAUGGGUUUAUCCGCCGCUACAAGAUAAUAUUUACUGUGGAGAAUUUUCUGAUCAAUUACUGCAAUUAGAGAGUUUGUUUUCCAGUAACUUUGGAGCUACAGGUUGGGAGUAAAUUAAUUCGAUCUUUCGGGACGAAUUAUGCGCGUCAAUAGUAAGAUUCUGUCGAGCGCGUGCACAUACUGUUUGAACUAUAGCUCGUUAGUUGUCCGAUUUAGUUCUUUUUCUUUGAUUAGGUUAGUAUUUUAGCUUUGUGAUGUAUAGGAAAUGAUUUAUACUACUAUUUUCUGGAUGGACAUAAUUGAUAAAUGAUCAAUUUUUUUGUUUAA